AUGAUAUUCUAUGAAUUUAAUAGUAAACUUCUUGAUAGUAUUGAUUUGAAUAUUAAAUAUCAUUUAAAUGAAAUUGAAAUUAAUAUUAAAUGGUCACCAUUAAAAGAUUUUAUUCAAUGGAAAAUUUCUUAUGUUGAUGAUGAAUGUACAUUACCAUCGAAAUCACCAUUAUUUUAUCUUUGUUCAUCAUUAUCAUCGACAAAAAAUCAUUCGUUAAAUUCAACAUUUUAUUCUUAUUGGUUUUUAUUAGAUUCAUCAUUUUAUCAACGUCUUUUUUCUCAUAUAAUUACCGAUGAAAAUCAUUUUAUUCUAUUACUUUCUCUAUCCGAUGGACGAAUUCUUGCUUUAUCUGAAUCAUCCAACGAUUCCAAUCCAAUCAUUUGGUAUACAUCAUUAAACCCAUCUCCAACAAUCAUCUUAGGACUUUAUUAUGAUUUAAAUACGAAUCUUCUCGAUGCUGUUUUAUCCUCAACGUCCACAUUAAAAAUUCCAAAAUUAAUUAUAAAUCAUUUCAUCCUCUGUGAAUCAUGUGGAUGUUUAGUUAUAAUUAAUUAUUUAAAUCUUCAUCGUAUACUUAUUGAUAAUUUAAUAAAAUCAGCUUGUAUUUAUUUAAAUAAUUUUAUUUAUAUAACAAAAAAUGAAAUACGUUCAAUAUCGGUAUUAAAUUUAUUAAAAAUAAAAAAUGAAGAUAUAAUUAAUCAAACGAAAAUUUUAAGAUUUGGACAUUUUGAUAAAUUAAUUGUCGAUGGACAGGAAAUAAUUCUUUAUUAUCAAAAUGGAAUAUUUGAACGAUUAAAUAAUCUUCUGUCGAAUUCGUCAGUUCAAUCACGUGGAAAUUCGUUAGUAAAUCAAACAAAAAAACUUACAUGUUUAACAACAACUAUAACAAAUUUACAGACAAAUGCUUGUUUAUUACAACGUAUAUUAAAUAAAAUUGAAAUAUUUUAUCAAUUGAAUCUAAAGAAUUGUUUACAAUUCAUUAAUAAUCAAUGGAAAUUGAUUUUAAACGAUCAACAAUUAAGAAUAUUUCAACCAAAUGAUUUUUUAUUAAUUUUAAUAUGUCAAUAUUCAUCGAAUAAUAUUAAAAUUUAUCAAUUAUUUCCAACAAAUAAUUGGAUAUUUAAAAUGAAUGAAUUAGUUUUGAAUACAUUAAUUUGUCAACCAAUACUUAUUCUUCGUUAUCAAAAUUAUAUUCAUUGUCAACUAGGUUUAAAACAAAUUAUUCUAUCAUUUCAAGAACAACAAAUUCAACAAGAUAAUAUUUCGAUUGAAAAUUAUUUUCCAAAAAAAUUUAAAUCAUUAAAAAAGAAUAAUCCAGCAAAUCAACAAUAUCAUAUAGCUUUAACAAUGAGAAAUAAUGCAGCAUUAAAUUUUAAAAAAUUAAAUCUCAAUCUUGCUCGACAACUAUUCUUUGGUCAACAUGAUAUUGUUAAUAUUGAAUAUAAACAACAAGAAAUAAAAGUUGAUACAGAUGCCGGUCUUAUAGAUUCAUUAACUAUUCAAAUGAUACUUUCUAGUUCAUGUCUUCGUCGAUUAAUUAUUAUAUUUUCUAUUCUUACUGAAUUAUUCUAUGGAAAUAAAAUAAUUGAAGAUAAAAAUUUUAUUAAACAAACUGAUAUAAUAAAAUUAAAUGAUUUAAUUCAAGAAAUUCAAACAAAAUUAUCAACUAAUUCCAAUGAAUUAACUGAUGAAUUGUUACUUGAUCUACUACAAAUUCGUAUAUAUCUAUCUAUGUUUCGUCUUGGUUCAGAUUAUACAGUUCAAGUUUAUUAA